AUGCAGGAGUUCAUCGUCGUUUUCGCCCGAAUGGCAUCGAAACUGGAGGCGGUCCAGACCAAAUUCCCGGAGGUUGGGGCCGCAGCUGUUGUCAAGAAGUUCCACAAGAACUUUGAGAUUCGCCUCAGCAGCCGCAAGCCGCAGAAGGCCCAAAAGGCGCCUAAGGAACCAAAGGAGCCCCUUGGGUCCUCGCUCUUGGAGACCCGAAGGGGGCAAAAUAAGCAAAGAGGGGACGACGAUGAGCCGGAGGGAGGUCUUGGCUUUGGGGCCUCGGACUAUGUGCCGCAGGAGCACAAGCUCAUCACGCAGUUCGGUGGUGUGGAAACCGACUCGGGGUCUUGUCUGGCCUUUGCGCCAAGCGUGCGGGGUGGCCCUGGCAACACAGUCCAGCCGAGGGAUUGGCAAACCCCUGGCCGACAGAGCGACAACGUUCCGAGCGAGUUUGUCAAGUUGGAGCCUUGGGCGGUGCCUUGUGCGAACCAGUGGAUGAAGGACAACCCCAGCAAGUGGGAAGGAUACUCCUUCUAUACCUGGGAGACGCCACUCGAGAGGUGCGCCACUGUGGUUUACAGCCUUGGCCUCCAGCCAGUUCUUGCCUUCGUGGGCGGCCUUGAGUUCGACAUCAUGCCGUCGCCGAUUGCAGAGGUGGAAACCCACGUGUGCUGGCCCGACACGCAGCCGGGUGGUGUGGAUUUGAGUGCCAUUGAGAUGCACAUCAUGUCCGGAGGGAUACCGCUUCUGACCAGAACGAUUCGCUUGAAGAAGCGUUUCGGGUCUGGCACCGGCUUCAGCAACAGCAACUUGGUAGCCCAGUGGUGCCCUUUUGCCGAGUUUUUCCCGAAUGCUCCGCAGAAGGGUUCCCGUUUUAAAGUUGGGCUGCAUGGGUGGUUACCAAACGUCGUUGCGCUGUGUCCGCAAAGCGUUCGCAAGCGUCCGCGAAGCGUCCGCGAAGCGUUCGCAAGCGUCCGCGAGUGGCGUAAUGCGUGCUGUUAA